AUGUUAUUGUCAUAUUACUAAAAGGUUAAGCCUCUUAUAGCUGCUCAUAGAGGAUUAUCCAGUCUUUACCCAGGUAUUUUAUAACUUAAACGUAGAAAAUACAUUAGAAGGAUUUAAAUCUGCUCUUUAAUUUUCUGAUUUUAUCGAAUUGGAUGUCGUUUUAAACAAAGAUGGACUUCCAGUGGUUUGUCACGAUGCUUUUUUAAGUUUAGUAAGCGAUGUGAAAAAUCAUGAUAAAUUUGAAAAUCGAAAGCAGUCUAGAAUUCUUUAUGAUAAAGAAAAAUCAGAUUGGUGGAUUUCUGAUUUCACUUUUGAAGAAUUGAAGGAAUUACAUUUGAGUUAAUGCAUAAACAAUCGUAAAAGUGAGUAUGAUGGACAUCUUUAAAUACCCUCUCUGAAAGAAAUUGUCGAGUACUUCUUAAAUUAUAAUUAAAACACUGAAAAUAAAAAAGGUAUCCUCUUGGAAAUUAAGGAUUUCGAAUAUCAUUAAAAAUAUUGCAAUAUUAAUAUUGCUGAAAUUAUACAUAAUUUUUUGAAAGAAUAAGGAUUGAGUACACUUCAUGAAUGCUCUUAAAAAUUACCAAUUGUGAUUAUGGCAUUUGAAAAAUAAGUACUUUAAUUUUUUAGUGCUCGUUGUGAUCUCCCUUUAGCUUAAUUGGUUUGGUUUGAAGAUAAAAAUAUACCAACGAUAACCGAAAUAGUUCAAUAUGCUAAAAUAGUUGGUUUAGAUUUAAGAUUGGUUUGGUAAAAUAAUUAAACUCAUGAAUAUUAUAAUGAGGCAAAAAAGAAUGGUUUAAUUAUUUAUGGAUGGACAUUCUAAGAUGAUAAUGAAGAUAUCAAGAAACUAUUUGAUGAAUAAGAUAUUGGUAAAAUAUAUUAAAGGAGUAGCACACUGCUUUAAGGAAUUAUAACAGAAUUUCCUUAAGAAGCUGUCAAAUUCAUCCUUUGA